AUGUCGUGGAUAACUGAUUGUACCCUCAACUGGGCACAUUUAUUUUUUGUUAAAGUUUUGAAAUGUGGAGUGAUCCCGCAACAUAUUGCUUUUAUAAUGGAUGGUAACAGAAGAUUUGCCAGGAAAAAUAAUGUGCUAAAGUGUGAAGGUCAUGUGAAAGGGUUUGACAAGCUUUCUGAAACAUUGCAGUGGUGUUUAGAAUUAGGAGUUAAAGAGGUUACAGUUUACGCAUUUAGUAUAGAAAACUUUAAAAGAAGUAAAGAAGAAGUUGAUGACCUUAUGGCUCUUACUAGGGAUAAAUUCAAGGCAUUAUUAGCUGAAAGGGAAAAGAUAAUGGAAAAAGGUUUACGAAUCCGCAUAAUUGGAAACAUAUCCCUUCUAUCAGAUGACAUUGUCAAAAUGAUUGCAGAAGUUGAGCUUUUUACAAAAGAUAAUUCAAAAGCCUUAUUGAAUGUUGCAUUUGCAUAUACAGCUCAAGAUGAAAUGACCAAUGCAGUAAAUUUAAUUUUGAAGGGUGUAAAAAGUAAUGAAUUGAGUGAAGUCGAUUUGAAUACUUCACUGUUUAGCAACUGUUUGCUUACUAAAGAAUCACAACCACCGGAUUUAUUAAUACGAACCUCUGGUGAAACUAGGCUCAGUGAUUUUCUUUUGUUUCAGAGCUCAUUCAGCUAUUUACAUUUUACUGGAGUCUUAUGGCCCGAAUUGUCAGCUUGGGACUUCUUGUGGGCUUUAUUCAAAUAUCAAAGAGCAUAUAGCACAUUAACUGAGGCCACAAAAACUGAAAAUCUUAAGCAGUCCUUGACAUGUAAUGGAGCUAGAUUUGUUGAGUCUAUAAAUAAAAACCAUUUAAAUUUCUUAAACAAUACUUUAAGUUGUACAACAAUUAGUUAA